UUAGCGAGUGCGUUUUGUCGAGCGAAAAACGAACGUUUAUUGUGUAGCUCGUUCAAAAUGUUUACAACCCGUUUUCGUAUUUAUUCAAGCGAAUAAAUAUCUUCUUUACACUGGAUUUCUUUUUUCGAUCUAUUUUUAAACUUUAUACUAUACUACCAAAAAAUUUAACUGCACUUCCUGUUUUUUUAUGCCGACUUAAACUACUCGUGAAAACACAUCGAUCACAAUAACUAAUAAGCUAGUAGAUCCGUGUAAAGGUCGUACCGCACCAUUAGUACAAUCGAUCCUCGACACCUACUUUUUGCAAAAAUAUAUUCUAUCUCACAUAUACAAUCCUGUACAACUUCCUCGUCUAAAUAAUUCGGCCUUGUAUUUAGCAGAUAAACUUUCAGUCUCGCGCGUCCUCUCGUCUUUUCCUCUCAGUUGCAGCACGACUCAACUGACCGGCACAUCGUCACGUGGGGAAUGCCGUUUCGUCAUAUACGCGUGCUUAACUUUGCUUUAAUUAUAAAAAGCCGGCGAGACGCUGACGCUUUGUUUCUAUUAGCAAACUAAUGAGUGUAUUGUUUUAUGCUGUGAAAAACUAUUGAGUUGUAAAGUUUUAUGAACCAAAGCGUUUUACGCAUACUGAAAUAGCUGUAUGUGAUUUGAUAAUUUAAUCUUUCGCACGUAGAAGAAGAGAUGGAUAAUACAUCUGACGACAAGUUAACGCGAGCCUCGGCUCAAGUAGCCGAUCUCCUCGCAAUUCUCGACGGUGAUGUUCCGGUACCAUCGACGUCCAGUCAAAACCAAAGUGAACCCCCUUCACCUGCUCCGGAAAUUGAGCCGAUUCCUCACGAAAACAAUCUUCUUGGAGGGUUGUACGAUGACAACAUAUCCCACACAAGGAGAGAGGACAGUCCACUCAUUAUCAGUCAAGAAGAUAAUGCACGUACUGAGAUUCCAGAAAACGACAGUCUUCGACGCGGGAAUCGACUACAAGGUCCUCCAAUUGACACUUAUUUUUCAGACGAGAGGAUUCAAAUCCCCGAUGUCGAGGAUAAAACUAUGGGCCUUCGCCGGUCCAGGAUUUCUUAUGUCGAUAGCCUUCCUGGAUCCUGGAAACAUAGAAUCUGAUUUGCAGGCUGGAAAUAUUGCUAGGUAUAAGUUAUUAUGGGUACUUCUGAGCGCGACAGUUCUCGGGCUGGUCAUGCAGAGUCUCAGCGCGAGACUUGGUGUCGUAACAGGUCUGCAUUUGGCUGAGAUGUGUUACAGACAGUUCAACACAGUUCCCAGGAUACUUUUGUGGAUAAUGACCGAAAUCGCCAUCAUUGGUAGCGACAUGCAAGAGGUCAUCGGCACUGCUAUAGCUCUAUAUCUCCUGACCAGUAAAAUGCUUCCAAUCUGGGCAGGCGUGCUUAUCACGAUCUUGGACACUUUCACUUUCUUGUUCCUGGAUAAAUACGGCCUGAGAAAACUUGAACUUUUGUUCGGCUUCUUCAUCACCGUCAUGGCUCUAACGUUCGGUUACGAGUACGUCGUCUCGGCGCCUCCGCAAGACGAAGUGAUAAAGGGCCUGUUCAUACCCUGGUGUUCCAACUGCGAUAGAAAUGCGCUCCUUCAAGCCGUUGGCAUCAUUGGUGCGAAUAUUCAACCCCACAAUCUGUACCUCCACAGCGCACUAGUCAAAUCUCGUGAUAUUAAUCGUACAGAACCAAGCAAAGUCCGCGAGGCGAACAAAUAUUUUUUCACGGAGGCCGCAAUUGCUCUGUUCAUAUCAUUCCUCAUCAACCUCUUCGUUAUGGCUGUCUUUGCUUAUGGAUUGUUCGACAAAACUAACGCUGAUGUCUAUGAACUCUGUGCGAAACACAACUUCACCAUGGGUACCGAUCUCUUCCCUAACAACAACAACACCUUCACAGCCGACCUCUACAACGGCGGUAUCUUUUUGGGCUGUUCCUUUGGCUUCGUGGCUAUGAUAAUCUGGGCGAUCGGUAUCCUCGCAGCCGGUCAGUCGUCGACAAUGACCGGUACCUAUGCCGGUCAGUUUGCGAUGGAAGGUUUUUUGAAUCUGCAGUGGCCGAGAUGGAAGCGAGUCCUUCUAACUCGAUCCAUCGCCAUCGUACCAACCUUCUUCGUCGCUUUCUUUACUAGUAUCGACAAGAUGACCGAUAUGAACGAUACACUUAACGUGUUGAUGAGCCUCCAACUGCCAUUCGCCGCUCUGCCGACUAUUGCGUUUACGAGCAAUGCACGUAUUAUGGGGGAGUUUAAAAAUGGACGAUUUUACAAUUUUGUGGCUACUGUCUUGUCGCUGUUCGUGAUAACGAUCAACAUCUACCUGGUGUCUCUGACAGUUUCGGACAUAGUGAGGGACGACGUACCGAGCACCAGGAAGCUGAUAAUAGCGUUCGUCGCUAUAAUAGCUAUGCUCUACGUGAUUUUCUGCCUCUACCUCAUCAUCUAUCUUGCCAUUGGCAUGGGUGCCACUUCUCUAAAUAAGAUUUCGUUCAUCGCCAAGUACAUCGGCGGCCCUGUGGACCGGAGCCUCGGAAUAGAAAACACCACUACCGAGUGCAACUCGUGAUAAACCGUAGCUGAUAUUUUUUUACAACAUUUUUACGUGUAUUCCGACAGCGUGAUGACAGAUUCAAUGCCACUAAAACAGCGUUUGAUCGCACUUCCCUUUUUUUAAUUCCUAAUAAAACGAAAACACCGUCA